UUGCAGUCGCUUCAAACACUUUGAUCGAACACUGUCUGUUCGAACAAGUUGUUAGCAGUGUUACAAAGCGAAGAUAAAGUGCGGAACGAGUUCUGGAUAGAGGAUUGCUUGAAUAAAAACGACGUUAAAGAAUUCUUGACGUCUCGACGCGUCCCAAAGGAUAACGGUGGCUUAACUAUCACGGACGUUCGCUUUUAUCGCGAGCCUUUGCUGUUUGCUGGUUUAGAGGAAAUAAUUAAAAGGGCAUGGAAAUCGAUAUGCAUCCGGGCUGGUAAACCGGAACAAGGCAUCGACCGGUUCGAUAAAAUUGCAAGGCAAGUGCAUCGUGCUGUUGUUGGCCCCUGUCGUGGCCGCUAUCACCGCUAUUGCGUGGUCUGCGUUUGACAUCUGCGCAUUUCUCACGCUCGCCAUCGAGGAAAAAUCAAAACAAUCAAUAUGGCGGACCCAAGCAACGAAGCUGCAUCGUCGAGUAGCGUUACGGAGCAGGCUCCAUCGGCCACUCCAAUUCGCGACGACCUCGAGAAAAUCGAGGAUUUCCUCGAGCCCGACAAAAAGCGUCGAAAAUCCUCGCGGAACGAUGGGAAAACCGAGCAAAAGUUGGAACACCGCCUGGGCGGCAUCCUCUGCUGCGCAGUUUGUCUCGAUUUGCCCAAGGCAGCCGUCUACCAGUGUACAAAUGGACACUUGAUGUGUGCCGGUUGCUUCACUCAUGUCCUCGCAGAUGCCAGGCUGAGAGAUGAAAUGGCAACGUGUCCCAACUGCAGAAUCGAGAUCAGCAGAACAUCUCCAUCUCGAAAUCUGGCAGUUGAGAAAGCUGUGUCUGAGUUACCAGCUGAAUGUCAGUAUUGCGCUAAGGAGUUUCCAAGAAACUCCUUGGAGCGUCAUGAAGAGACAAUGUGUGAAGAAAGAAUAUCCAGUUGCAAGUACAGUAGAAUCGGCUGUCCAUGGCGUGGACCCAACCACGAACGUCCAGAACAUGAAGCGCAGUGCGUUCAUCCUCAUCGUACAGGGUUGGACGUUAUGGAGGCUCUGCGUGACAUCGACGCCCGUACUCUCGAGGAACGUAGGCUGUAUGACAAUGUCUUUGAUCUUUUGUCCUACGAGAAAAUCACAUUUAACGAUUUACAAAUGAAGCCGUAUCGUACAGACGAGUUUGUCCACAAACUCUUUUACGAAACCUCUCGUUUCACGGCGUUUAACAACCAAUGGGUUGUCAAAGCGAGGAUCAAUAAUAGUCAACGUGAUCCCACUCAGAGCUCUGAAAGGGACAUGACUUAUCAGCUGAUCCUGAAGACAAAAACAACGUACCCAUUGCCGCUUCACUAUCUGAUACUGAAGGGACCUUUCGGGGACAUGAAAGUACAACCAAGAAUCCACAGAUUCGAGUUCACCGACCAGGAGAACGAAAGCCCUUACUUACCUCUACCUUUACCCGACACAGCAGAGUGCAAUAGACUUCUUGCAGCUAGGGCAAUUAGUUUCAGACUAAUAAUGUUCCUGGCGUCCAAGUAGUUUCACACCGUAAUUAUUGUUGUCAAGAUUUGAUGGCAAAUGAUUUAUUGACAUAACAUUUUAGAUUUAACAGCGAUAAGAGCAUAGAUCACAGAGAUUUAUAAUCAAUUAUUAUAGUAGCGAUAACCGUAACGAUAAUAAAACUAAAGAUGCUAAUUCUGCUGUAGUCUAUACACGCAUAUACACUGACAAUGUACACUGUGUUAAUAAGAAAAAAAACAUAGCGCGGCACAAAGUUGUAGCGAAACUAGUAUGCAAUUUACUUUUGGAAACGAAAAAUAAAACGACGAUUCGGUUUGGUUCAAAACUUCGUUCAUACACUUUGCUGUUUCUUUGAGCCAAGACAGAGCAAGCUUUAUUACGUAGAUCGCCGUCGUCGGGCAGGUGGGAUGAAUGAACCGUCCCUCGACAGUAGUCUGCGCCGACAAAAAUUAAAGAUUACAUUUUUCAUGUAGCCGUGCAAUCAAGUGUGGACCAUCGUUCAGCCCGCGUGUCUGCCGGUCGAUGUUUGUUACACAUCCUUUUUGUUAAUAUUUAAAACUUACUAUGUCAUACACCUAAUAUCUUAAUUUUCGACACAUUGUAAUAGAUGAAAAUUAAAUAAAUUUAUUAUAAUUAUGAUUAACAA